CAAACCGGCAUUGUGUUUACAGUGAAAUUGUGCAAAAAAGUUAAAUAAGUUAUUCUUUUCCGUAUAUCACGUGUUUUGUGCAAAUUUUUGUCUUUAAAGCAGGCGUUUGUUUUUAAGGUGUCUGAAAUGCCUAUAGGACGACGUGCGAACAUCGGUCGCCGCACAAGACAUGCAAGCCAGCAGCAAGUGUAUUUACUAAACUUAAGCGAAGGCAGACAAAAUAUAAUAAGACAAAAUGCCCGGUUAAGACAACGCAUCAGUACACGUAGAUCAUUGACAUCAUACAAUCGCUUGGCAUUCCAGUAUGAUCCCACUGCAAACUACAGUGAUGAUAAAAAUUUCGAUAUUGGACCAAUGACGACUAUAUGCCGAUAUUGCAAUGCGUUAAAGUUCAAAAGAGAAACGGCUGGAUUGUGCUGCGCAAGUGGAAAAGUAAAACUGGAUCCAUUACUUGCACCACCAGUGCCACUGAAAUCAUUGUUUGAUGGAAGUGACCCCGAUUCCAGCCAUUUUCUUCAACACAUCCUUCAAUACAAUAACUGCUUUCGCAUGACUUCCUUUGGAGCUAAUAUCAUUCAAGAAGGCGGCUUCAUGCCGACUUGCAAGGUAAAAGAUACAACGCACAUAACCAAUUACUCACACCAACACAAUGAAUUGCACACCACACACUACACCAUCACACGAUCAGAAGUUACACCGUAUUCUUCAACUAAUGAUUGUUUGCAAUUACAGAUACAAGGACAAAUAUACCAUUUGCAUGGUUCAAUGGUGCCAACACCAAAUGAACAGCAUCAAUUUCUGCAAAUAUAUUUAAUUUCGUCGAUGGUGGAUCAGCUGAAUGUGCGGUGCAAUAUGCAGGAAGAGUUAAAGAGACGAGUUAUUGAACAGUUGCAAUCAUUUUUUCACGCUAAUAAUGCUGUGGUUAACAUGUUCAAAACAGCAUUGGAACGAAUGCCAUCAGAUACCAGAGCUGUCAAGAACCGUCAUUUUCAAGAACCGGUUCCAAAGUCCAAAAAGGACCCGGUUCCGGAAGAACCGUGGUCGGUUCCAACCCGGAAAAGUCCGGAUCGAUCCCGGAAAAUUCAAGACCGCUCCGGAAAAAAGUCCGGCUACUUUUUUCUUAUUAACUUCCCGUAG